CGAUUGGUGUUUUCAAAACACACGUAUCAAGCAAGCUCUGCUCUCUUGACUGUUGUUGGUGUGUUUAUCAAUCAAUCAAUCUAGGCCUGUCACCCCAUCCAAUCCAUUCGAACUUUCAUCUUGCCUGCCCAUCUCACGCCAAUUUUGAUAUCCCAUCCAUUCAUUCAACCAUCCCUCCAUCCCUCCAUACGCCCAUGACCAUUCAUUCACUAUGUACCUGUUCAAGCACAGCUUUCAUUGCUUUGAGUGCAAACGUGUGUUUCGCGUCCAAUCUCAAUUGGAGCAACACGUCCGGCAAGUUCAACCCACGACGACCAGCACGACCAGCACGGCUAAUGAUGCCACCAUCACCAUCAAGGUCGACGAUCAGCAGGCGUUGCACGCUGAAGAGGGUUCGGCCUGCGCCGCUGAGCACGCCCACGAACGCCUGGACAAGUACUUCCCGCUCAUGAAAGAUGCCAAAGAAUGGAUGGAGUCGCAGGAGCUGGACACAGCAUUCCGCACGCGUGAUUCGCGCCCCAAUUACGCCAAGUUCACCUGUCGCCACCGGCGUGCCGUGGCGCCCAAAAGUACGGCCAAGGGUCAGCGUAAGCGCCAAGACACAGUGGCCAGUCUCGAGUGUCAUGCUCAGUUUGUGAUCAAGAAGACAGUGGUGUGCCAAUGUCUGCGCGACAAUCCCGAGAACUUGUGCGGCCAGCCCAAGACCAUGUUCAGACUUCGUGGCUGCAUCGCGCACGCCCAUGAGCGCAUGGUGCGCAGCCUUCGCAUACCGCAAGUCACACGGAAUUUGAUCAUUGGUUUGCUGAAGAAUGGCGUGCCCAACCAGACCAUUCUGCGGUGUGCUACCACGAAUCGCGUCAAUUUGUAUGACAAGAUUGUAACCAUGCAGGAUAUUCGCAAUAUUGCCAAACGCUAUGCCCAAACUGUGGCUGAAGGACCCAGUGGUCCGGCUCCGUCGCCCCAGUCGGCAUUGUUGUCUGAGACACAGGGCGAAGCGCCAGAGGCGGGAUCCCAUGGGGUGCUCAAGAUGGAAGAGAUUGAAGCUGAGGAGGAGAAGCAGCGACUGAUCUUGUUGGAAGAGCGGCGAUUAACAGCCCUUCGCGGUCUCCGCGAUUGUGUGCGCGUCCUUGAGGAUGGUUCUGCAUUGCUCGCCAAGGAGGACCUUAUUAGUCAGGUGGAGGAUCUCAUAGCUCAACGCAAUUAUUUCUGAUCAAAUGAUGAUGUGACCAUCGCUUCCAAGCUUUACUCAACAAUAUUAAAUAACGCUAAAUGUCCGUUGCCAUUGACGCUAUCAAUAUAUUUAUACCUUAUCCCGAG